AUGACACCUCGCGAUGUUAUCAAGACCUUGUUGACUAACCAUUUCUCUUCAUGUGGAGAGAUCGUGGAUCUUACUAUCCGUGCUCCCACCCUGGCUUCUUCCUGGAGUUCGGGUUGUGAAUUUAACGCGCACCUUUUUAUUGUGGGAGAAGGCGCGGAAGAGAAGGCGUUGCAACUUAAUGCAAGUGUCAUGGGAGGACGCAAACUAGCUAUCCCAACGCUGAGAAGGAGAAGUCGUGGCGCGAAAGGAAGGAUGAGAGGAUUCAACAACUACAACAACGUAAGAAGGCACCCAAAUCCGCAGAAGCUACUACCUCUAAAGCCCCAAGGAGUAAUUCCUUCCAAGCCAAAGUACAAGAGAUUCACUAGGAGGGGCGAGGAAACAGUGGAAGGCGUGGCUGAAGCCGCGGACCAACUCUCUAGGAUAGCAAGGGACUUUAAUUAUAUAACCUUUUCCUUCACUUUAUUCUCUUAA